UUUUUGCAGACAUAAGCACUCGGCUGCAACAACAGCUAUGACUCAGUUCCUAGCUAACGCUGCCUGGAUUGAUUUAGUCUGAGUUCAGAUUUAGCACAUAAUCAUGUUCAAUUUGCUCCACUGCACUGCCUAGAGAUAAAAGGCUCGGAGGAAAAAAAAAUAGCUUCAGCUUGUGUCAGUCUUUGUGGUGAUGUCAUUGCCAUGAGCGAGCCGGGCCGUUCGUUACUCUGCUGUGCUGCCUCAGACGCGGAGGGCUACGUGCAGUGGGAGCGGGCUCCUGGAGCCCAAGUCUCCAGCCGUCCCCAGAGCAGGACAGCACCUGGGCCUGGCUGCAGCAACAUCCAUCUGGAGGCUCUUCCCUUCACUCAUAACUCUGAGGUUGCCUAACUCUCGAUGAAAAAUUCAGGAGGGGGAAUGCCAGCCCCUAGCAUGGACUGUGAUGUUUCCACUCUGGUUGCCUGUGUGGUGGAUGUCGAGGUCUUUACCCAUCAGGAGGUUAAGGAAAAAUUUGAAGGACUGUUCCGGACUUAUGAUGACUGUGUGACGUUCCAGCUAUUUAAGAGUUUCAGGCGUGUCCGAAUAAAUUUCAGCAAUCCUAAAUCUGCAGCCCGAGCCAGGAUAGAGCUUCAUGAAACCCAGUUCAGAGGGAAAAAAUUAAAACUCUACUUUGCACAGGUUCAGACUCCAGAGACAGAUGGAGACAAACUGCACUUGGCUCCUCCCCAGCCUGCCAAACAGUUUCUCAUCUCGCCCCCUUCCUCCCCACCUGUGGGCUGGCAGCCCAUCAGUGAUGCCACACCAGUCCUCAACUACGACCUCCUCUACGCCGUGGCCAAGCUAGGACCAGGAGAGAAGUAUGAACUCCAUGCAGGGACUGAGUCCACCCCAAGUGUCGUCGUGCACGUGUGUGACAGUGACAUAGAGGAAGAAGAGGACCCAAAGACUUCCCCAAAGCCAAAAAUCAUCCAGACUCGGCGUCCUGGCCUGCCACCCUCCGUGUCCAACUGAGCUUCCUGCUCUGCCUCAACAAUAAUAGCCGUCUCCUUAUUGUGCUUUUUCCCCCCACAUUGUUUGUCGGAAAAAAAAUUGCCUUUAAAUCCCUGGGUGUUUGGUUGUUUGAGAUUUCCUCCUUGUAAUCAAGCCUCUUGGACAAAAGGGCUAGGAAAAGGUGAUAUGUCUCCUGAUCAUAUCAUGCCCAUUAAGUAUAAUCCAUUAUUUAGAAGGUUCUAGGAAAAAAGUAGUAUUUUCUUAUUAAACAAUCAGCACAGCCUGUAUCUUCAUUCUCUCAUAUUGAUCUAAGACAGAGACAUCAGUAACAAAUAGCACCUGUGUUGUUUGUGAGCUCUUUCAGUCCCAGUCCUGACGUGUGUAUGCUGUUUUUUCCUGGCCACUUAAAUAGGACCAUAUGUAAACUUGACUUUGGCUGCAUGAGAUAUUCCUUUCUAGUCUCACUCAGUCCUUGCAUCCCGACAUUCCCAGGACAUGCAUGAUCACCAGCAUUUAUUUUCAUGAUUUGAGGAUAUACUAUAACACAGAUUGUCAGCAUCUGGCCAUGUCCUAUCUAGAUUAGAAAAAUUAUCAGCCUCAUCCAGCCCAACAAGCCUGAGUAUAUUCACUAUUUUGAGUCAAUACUUCAUAGCUCUGUUAAAAUUCCUGGAGGCAAAACUGAGCUUGGCCCCAAAGAUAUUCCUCAAUAGAUUUUGAACACCACUUCCACGUAGAACUUUCCCAGCCUCACUGGGGAGGCUUGACCAGGGUGAUAGAGACCGAUUUCAGACGAACCUAUUUAUUACAAAAGUUUCAUGGUGUCUGAAUGAUUGUUUGUUUUUUUUCUCUUUGUAUAUUUGUACAAAUGUUUCAGCUGUGCUUUUAAAAUCUGGAUGUUUUUUAUUUAGUGAGUGUUCAAACAUUAGCUGCUUAAAAACAUACUAUGUGCAUUGCUUAUGAAUGCGUUCAUAUACUAAUACAGAUAAUCUGAUAAUAUUACACUCUGUUAUGGAUAAUGCUGAAUUUUGAAAGGGCACAAGAUGUCUCAUGCCAGUGUACAAAGGAUUAACCCACAUCUUUGCUAUCAAGACCACUUGUUUUUGUUUUUUUUUUAAAUAAAGAUGCAGGUGUCAGUCGUAGGCGAUCAGGAUGAAGCGAGAUCUGCAGAAAGCAGAAGUGGCUGAGCAUGUUAACAUGGAAAGGAUGGCAGACAAAUGUAUGCCAGUCCUCCUCAUGCGAGGCCCAUAUGCUCAAAGAAGUCCUUUGUUUGCGUUACAUGUGAUUUUUCUAUUUCUCUAGCCCAAAGUGCAUUACAGAAGAUACACCUAGAGAACCAUUACCUUCGGCUGUGUGCCAAGCCUCACCUCCUGUACACUAAUGAGUCAUUUGAGACGCAAAUACAAAUUACGACGGAGUGGGGACGUACUUUCCAUGACCCAAGCCUCAGAAAACACACGAGAACAGUGACACAGCCAACUGAUGGAAGGAUUGUUGUGGUUUUUGACUAAGGUGUACGUUAGUUUCAUUAGAAACUUAAAACAUAGACUGAUCACGCAGAAAUUAAAGUCCGUUCUACUGUGAAUAUAGCAAUAUAGUACUGGAUACAGUACAGGUGAAACUGAGGAGAGCAUUGCUUGAAAAAUCCUGAGUUUCCAUAAGAAAAAUGAAGACUCCUUUUAAAAGUAAAAUCUGAGGAGUGUAUAAUAAGCAAAUGCUUUGACUUUGCUAUGGAGGUUUUAAAUUUUUCAUUGCCCGUUGAAAGACUAGACUUAAGAGUGGAGAAAUGAUGCCCUCUAGUGGAAGAAAUAUUGCGCUCAGCUAGUCCGGUGAGCGGAGCAUUACGGCAGUCAACGUUUUAGGGCUGAAUCUCUUCUCAGCCUUCUGCAGGUCAUUUGACUUUUUAAGCCACCCUGAAUCUUCAGAAUGCGGGUUCUGAAGAAAUCCAGAUGAGAAAAAAUGUUCGGAAAUGACUUUUAAAUGUUUUGAAACAGACGCAUCCGACUUUGCCAACAAUUUAGUAAAAGUUGAAAUGACCAUUCUGUUUAGCCCUAAAAGAAAAACAGUGAAGUGUCUGACCUGCGUGGCUAGUCUUAGUAAAACCUGUUGCCACAUGUCAAUGUCAACCUGUCUCAGAUCAAAUAAUUCUUUCACUAGGUUGGGUUUGGGGAGGAGAGAAAGAGGAGCUUUUCCCAGGAGAACAGGAAGAAACAGGAAGGCUCCUGGAAGCGUUUCAGCAGAACCUCCUAGCACUGUGAAAGUCAGAAUUGCCUCUGCAUUUCCAUGACGCACAUUAUGCAAACCUCUUUAGCGCUAUUUUAAGUUUGAAACGUUUGAAAAUGAAGGGGAAGGGGAAGAUAUCCACCAACUGAAUCAUUUGUGCACGUGUAUAGCUCAAAGAGCUUAGACUUCAAAUAUAUCUGGUGAAUGACUCUU